GAGCAUGCACGCGCUAUUUGUUUACAUUCUUCCAACCAGCAGCGACUGAGCAGACGUUAGCGUGCUCGUUUAGUUAAGAAACUAGCGUGAAAUUGUGUUAGAAACCUUUUUGCUCCAACAUGAAGCGUAAAUCAGAGAGUGGCAACAAGCAGCCCUUCCAGCGGAAAAAGACCGAGCUGGUAUUUGACCCACAGAAACGAAUGGAAUUUCUCACCGGAUUUCACAAACGCAAGCAGCAUCGUCGAAAAGUUGCACAGGGAGAAAUGCAACGAAAGCUGAAGGAAGAAACGAAACGGAUACGCACGGAGGCAAAAGAAAAGAUGAAAAAUCUGUACCAUUCGUACAAACCCUUGUCGGAGUUGACGGAAGAGGAUAAGGCAGAGGAGCAGGAGGAUGAGUAUGACACGGAAAACGUUACCGUAAAGGUAGUGGAACUGUCUACCCGUGAUCUAGCCAAGGAAAACAAUUGGCUCGGUGAAAACCGUGUAAUAGUGAAGGAUGCAAGCGGAUCAGAAGCGGAGGACGCGAGCGACGAUGACGAGCUCGACGAAAACCAGCUGGGUGUUAUUCCGGGCAUGGAGCUGGAAGGAGAGAAAAAGGUUAAAAGAAAACACAAACCGUUGGCCGAAGAGGAUGCGUCGGACGAAGCGGCGGAAAAGGGCGAUAAAAGUGAGGCAGAAAAACAGAAACCGAAGAAGGGACCGGUACUGAACCUGGAUGGCAUACGGUCGAAGAAAGAUUUGAACCACAAGCUAAAACGCUAUGCGCUGAAAUCCAUGAAAAACAGUCAGGCUUUUCGGCAGAAGGAUCGUGUCCAUAAGCUGAAGCAGCUUAAAAAAUCGCGUCGCAUCCGUCACCAGAAGGAGAAACACAUGAAGCAGAAAAAGGGUUUCAGGAACCGCGGUGCUGCUGGUGGCGCCGGUGGCCGAGGAGAAUCAAGACGGAAACGAAAGGAUGACUGAACAGUAUAAGCGACACGAGCGGAUAUAAUACAAUAAAGUAAAAAUUAACAAAAACUCUGCAA